AUGCAAGGCGUACCCGGUUACCGGACAGGCAUCUUCCAGGUCCCCCGUGGAUCGGGUGAGACCCAGCGCAUCAGGAGCACGGACUGGAGCAGCGGGACGCUUGGGGCAGGAGAUCCGCGGUCGGUCAGCAACCCCACAGCCUUCGGUGGCAAGGGGUGUGGAAGGUGAGACAUGGUCGUUACAACAGUCGGGGGAGCUGCUAG